GCACCAGAAACAAAUAAUUUAAUUACUUUGCGGUAGAAGGAAGGAGACGAAGUAACCAUGCGUUUUGCCGUUGCCCUGCUUGCUUGUUUGGCUAUUGCCUCGGCUGAAGUAGCCGGGCCACCUCCAGAUCAUUAUGAACCACAAAGAAUCGUUGGUGGAUCAUUGACUACCAUUAACCAAUAUCCAUAUGGAGUAGCUUUGCUUUACUCUCAAGCCCAGACUACAUUCUGGCAAAGCUGUGGUGGUGCCAUCCUUAACCAGAGAUCAGUACUGAGCGCUGCUCACUGCACCGUGGGAACCGGCAACAUUGCUGGAAGGUGGCGCAGUCGUGUAGGCUCUUCCUGGGCAAACAGCGGUGGCGCUGUUCAUCUGACGGCUCAAAUUAUCAAUCAUCCCCAAUAUAAUGCCAAUACUUUAAACAACGAUUUCACCAUUUUGAGACUUAGCUCUAAUAUCCAGUAUGUUGCUGGUACCGUAGCACCAGCAAGCAUUGCAGGUUCCAACUACAAUCUUGGUGAUAACCAGGUCGUGUGGGCCAUCGGAUGGGGACGCACUUCGAGUAACGGUCCAGCUUCUGAGCAACUACGUCACGUUCAAAUCUGGACAAUCAACCAGGCAGUCUGCAGUCAACGAUACGGCACUCGUGGUAUCUCUAUUACUGCUAAUAUGCUGUGCUCUGGCUGGUUGGACGUCGGUGGUCGUGAUCAGUGCCAGGGCGACUCUGGUGGCCCGCUGAUACACAACAAUAUUGUUGUUGGCGUCUGCUCUUUCGGUCUUGGAUGUGCUGAUCCGUUCUUCCCUGGUGUGAACGCCCGCGUUUCUACAGCGUCCAGCUGGAUCCAGUCUAACGCUUCUGAAGUAGCUGGGCCACCUCCGGAUCAUUAUGAACCACAAAGGAUCGUUGGUGGAUCAUUGACUACCAUCAACCAGUAUCCAUUUGGGGUCGCUUUGCUCUAUUCUCAAGCCCAGACUACAUUCUGGCAAAGUUGUGGUGGUUCUAUCCUUAACCAGAGAUCAGUACUGAGCGCUGCUCACUGCACCGUGGGGACCGGCAAUGUCCCCGGCAGAUGGCGCAGUCGUGUAGGCUCUUCCUGGGCAAAUAGCGGUGGCGCUGUUCAUCUGACAGCCCAAAUCAUCAAUCAUCCCCAGUACAACCCUAAUACUGAAAAUAACGACAUCACCAUUUUGAGACUUAGCUCUAAUAUCCAGUAUAUUGGUGGCACCGUAGCGCCAUCAAGCAUUGCAGGUGCCAAUUACAAUCUUGGUGAUAACCAGGUCGUGUGGGCCAUCGGAUGGGGACGCACUUCGAGUGGUGGUGCAGCUUCUGAGCAACUACGUCACGUUCAAAUCUGGACAAUCAACCAGGCGGUCUGCAGUCAACGAUACGGCACUCGUGGUAUCUCUAUUACUGCCAACAUGUUGUGCUCUGGCUGGUUGGACGUCGGCGGCCGUGACCAGUGCCAGGGUGAUUCUGGUGGCCCGCUGCUGCACAACAAUAUCGUUGUUGGUGUCUGCUCUUUUGGACUUGGAUGUGCUGAUCCGUUCUUCCCUGGUGUGAAUGCCCGCGUUUCUACUGCGUCUAACUGGAUUCAGUCCAAUGCUUAA